UUGCUGGGGGCACGUAUAUAAAUCAAACUGCACCUCCAUUUUGAACCAGUUAUAAAUACAUGUUGCUAUCUAAAUUUACCUCAUAAACACUCUUGUAAUCGUUCAGAACACUUCACAAUUAUUCAGGGAUUUAAUUUAAACAAUAAACAUGCAAGCGAUCAAGUGUGUGGUAGUUGGAGAUGGUGCUGUUGGUAAGACAUGCCUGCUGAUCAGUUACACAACGAAUGCCUUCCCUGGGGAAUAUAUCCCAACUGUGUUUGACAAUUACUCAGCAAAUGUGAUGGUAGAUGGAAAACCUAUUAAUCUAGGAUUAUGGGAUACUGCUGGACAGGAAGAUUAUGACAGGUUACGACCUCUAUCAUAUCCACAGACGGAUGUGUUUUUGAUAUGUUUCUCGCUGAUAAGUCCAGCCAGUUUUGAAAAUGUGAGAGCCAAGUGGUACCCAGAAGUAAGUCAUCAUUGUCCAAACACGCCUAUCAUCCUCGUCGGAACCAAGCUAGAUUUAAGAGAAGACAAAGAAACUGUCGAAAAACUACGGGAAAAGAAGUUAUCUCCCAUUACCUACCCUCAGAGCUUGGCAAUGGCAAAGGAAAUAGGGGCGGUGAAGUAUCUGGAAUGUUCGGCUCUGACACAGAAAGGACUUAAGACGGUGUUUGACGAAGCUAUUAGAGCAGUUCUUUGUCCGAAACCCAAACCUAAGAAAAAGAAGUGCAAGCUGUUAUGAGGACUUCCAAAUUUAGAUGUAGAAAAGUAUGAACUCAUUGUGCAUAGUACUUGUUAGACAUGCGUUGUUUUUCGAUUUCUUUACAUCUCUGACUCUGAAUCUUAUCGUUUUAUUCAUUCAAAAUCAUAGGAAAAAUAAUACAUGUGUGGUUGUUGAUUCACAUCAUACAAAUUUAUCAUGACGGCAUAUUCAGUACUACAACAUAUUUCCUGGCAACAAACGUUGAAUCGAGAAUUAUUUCUAUUGUAUUGAAUUUGAUACCUUUUUAAAGUAAAAAUUCUGAUAGCAGUUUAAUUUAUUUAUUUCUGUGUUAGAUAGACAUGGAAAUAGUGAAUAUAUUAUAUGUACUGUUGAAUGGAGAAAAAAGUCAAAAAUGCAAAGAAAUGGAUGCACAAGGUUUUUUUCUUUAGUGAACAAAGUUCUGUUAAGUGUUCUAUAAGCUUCAGUGUAUGUUGACUGAAUCUUGUUAUAGCGUUAUUGUUAACGUGUAAAACAUGUAUAUUGCUGUUUGUAUAAACAAAUUAUUGGUAAUAACAAACCAUUUGCUAAUAAUUUGAUGGAUAUAUGUAAACUAAGUUCAGCUUUGGAAGUUGCAAGUAUAUUUUGUUGUAUGGAUUUGUAGUAAACUCCAUUCUUUCUUUUCCCCCAGUCAUACUUGCAACCUUGGCCUAAAUUUUAACUAUCAAGAAAGCUUACCUUCAAUAUUGCUUUUAUUUAUUUAUUCUUCUGUAAAACUCGGGCUCUGUGAUUGGCUAUCAGAGUUUGACACAGUUCCAUCCAGUGAUACCACAUAAUGACAUUUCUUUUGAUACAGCAAACCAUCUGAUCGGACAAAGACAGGUAGCCUUUUUUUCAGCUGUCAAUUUUCCACCAAUAAGAUUUAUUAUUUGCAGUUUUAAGGGUACAUGUAGACUUUAAUGUAUAUUUCAAUAAGCAUAUUUUCAAAAUUCAGAACACUGAAAGAAGAUUUACACAUUCACAUUCAUAACUCUUAAUCUUGCAGUUUAAAACUGUUUAUAUUUGAGAGUAACAAGCCAUUUGAUUUGAUUUGAAAACAAGACAUUAUAAACUGGAUAUCAGAAAAUCUUGUAAACAGGCUUUUUUUAUAAACAUAAACUUUAUUUUAUCCAAAAAGGUGGUGCAAGGUUUCUUAUCCAAAGACUAGUGCUGAUGGUGCCUCUAGAAAACUUCUUUGGGUAUCUUCAGCUAGCUCUUACAUUCUAGAUCUGCUGUACAGACUUGUUAGUAUGUACUACAGGAAUGUCCUGUAUAUUUCCAAAAUGUACAUAAUAAUUGUAUUUUCUAGAAAGUUUUAUACCUUCAUGUUUAUAGAGUUAACUUCAUAGCAUUCAUAGUUAUGCACAUAGAUAAAGAUUUUAUUUUAUUUCUUUUCAGUUUCACAUGUCAGCCUAAUUAAGUCUACAUAUUACUUUACUUAGAAUCUUUUGGUGUUGGUGUAACUAUGGCUAAAUGAUUUAUAAUAUAUAAGUACAUUUAGCUAACUUUAUUAAAGGGAAAUUGUGGGUGCCUGGCAAUAUUGAGUAGAUUUUUUUAGACAUUUUGGAAACUGAUUUUAUUGGGGGUAAAAUUGCUUUUAGUAGAGAACGUGCAUAUUAUUUCAUUAACCCUUAUCAUGCUGGACACGACUGAUUCUUCCUUUGUGACCAGAUUAGAUCAUGAUCAGCCUGCACAUCCAUGCAGUCUGAUCAUGAUCUGCACUGUUCACCAUUCAGUUGGUAUCUUUUUGGAGAGCACCACUUUUAACAGUUAAUGGUGCUGACCAAAUUGAAUGAUGGACCGGUCCAUUUUAGAAAUUUAGCAGGCUAAAGGUUAAUAUUUCAUGCAGUCCUGUAAGUUUGUGCUUUUAUUUUAUUUUAAGUGUAACCUUGAUUGCUCAUUCAUUCCUUAAUAGCUGUGCAUAGAAGCAUUAUAGCUUUAGCUCAGAAUUGGGCAUUUUUGUGGUAAAAUAUGGUUGAUUUUCUUGUAACUAAUUUGUUUGGAGUUUUCUGUGAUUAUGUUUCAGUGGUGUGUAUGCAGAUGUUUAUUUGGAUGAUAAGCUAUUGAUUUAGUCUGCUUAGAACUUUUCUUAUUUGAAGUGCUUAUACACCAUUCAUUCCUUUUUGUCAGUAGUUUAUCUGAGCUAAAGGCUCAGUUUAAACUAUUAGUGUAGGUGGAUUUUUUGGUUGUUUUGCUUUGAUAUGUCCAAACUGAAUGGUUUAAGUGGGUGACUUUGGAUCAGUUACCUCACAGCUAGCUCUAUGUCUGUAUGAACUUGUGCAAGGAAUGUAGAAUUCUUUCAUUUAUUAAGGAAGUCAAACAGCUGGCUUAUUGACAGCCAAUAGUCCUACCCAGGUGCCUAACAGUGGCAGAAAUAAUGCUUGUAGUGGCCCCUGGGAAAGUUAGAAAGUCACCAUAUGAGCCGUGCCUUUCUGUAUUCCAAAGCAGUCUUUCAGUCAGUGACAUCCUUGGGCAGUUUAUGAAAACUGUUGAAAUGAUGACAGAUUUCUUAUAAAUCUCCUUAUCAUCACACUAGAUUUACCGGUAUAGUGUUAAUCAAUUUCUGUGUAUUUGUUAUUUAACUUACUAACUUAGGUGAGCGACAUUUUGCUAGAUUGACCCUCUUGUCUGUAUAUUUCAUACAACAGUUUUAUGUAUAUUUGAAAUUUAUGAUUUGUAUAGAUAACAUACAUAUAUAACAGAUGCACUAUUAUUUUUUAAACUGUAUUUCACCAAACAUACAUUAAAUUUUACUCCUGAAGUUGAACAUCUCUAUAUACUGAAUAUUUUGAACAAGCAUAAUUUUGUAAAAUCUUAGUUGGAAAGACUAGACAUUGAUUGAAUGAUUGUCAAAAGGUUUAAGAAAAAAGACUAGACAUUGAUUGAAUGAUUGUCAAAAGCUUUAAGAAAACUUUCGUGUUGAUACCCACCAGGAAAACUUAUAAUUUGCAUUUAGGUUAGCAACUUUUCAUUUUAGUGUAAUGAAUUCAUUAAAUAGGAAUUAAAAUGAAGUGCCUCAAUUUAUGCUUGAAAUGACAUAUUGAUGCAUUUCAUACAAAAAAAAAUGUAGCAAAAAUUAAAAUAAGUAUAAACCAGAAAGACUUGCUUAUAUUCGUGUUUGGUUGAACAGACCAGUUGUUUUCCUGUUAGUGUAAAUUUGAGUGUUGAUCAUCUUAGGGUCGCAUAUUAAUGACAAAUAUUGACCAAUUUGAGGUUGUGUUCAAGGGCAUUGGUUGAAAAUAAUACAAAUAUUAACAAAGAUCUUUUAUAAACUUAGAGAGAAUAGAACUGUCUUAGUUUUGGGUUAUAGCCCUUUAUACAGGCAUCGGUAAUUAUUGUAUAUUGUCGCCAAAUUUUAGUAUCAUCGACCAAACAUUUACAUGCAUGACCAGCCUCAGUAUUUACCAAUGUGUGCGACUGGGUUUAAUACGUGUAUGCAAGUCAGAUGCUGAGUGGCACUGCCUUACUGAAGAUGUUAUACGACAGCUAGUUUGGUUAUAAUGUCGUAUACUAGUUGAGAUGUUAAGUGUUGUGGACAGUUAUUUCAGAGUUGUUGUUUAUAUACAGGUAGCGAGUUUUCAUUAGCAGCAUGUAUUUCAUUAAGGCGCUGUAGAGAUGCUUAGUGCAUUCUCAUGUACUUUGUAUAUUUUUCAGAUUUGUUAACUGUAUUCUUUUUUUAAUGCUAUAUCUUUAUAUAUAAUUAAAAUCAUACUUAAUAAAGACAUCACAAUAAAUUGCA